CGCCCUUGGUUUCAUGACUCUCAUCUUUGGAGUCCAGAACAUGAAAAAGUUUGAAAACCUCUUGAUUUAUUGAAUGUCCAGCUGUAUUUUACCAGCAUUUUCCAGUGGCUGCUUCCUCUCCAGAGUGGACGGCAGCCUUGACAAACCUCUCCAGCCGCCUCAUCCCACCUGCGUCCAUACAAAGUAUUUUCAGCUUCCAUUAAUAUAUCAUCGUCUAUGAAUAGUCAAGUAUCAGCCGAUAGCCCCGGCAGAGGGCAGUGGGUUUCCAGGCCAGACUCUCACUGUCUGCAAAAGGUUUCGUAUUAGCGUCUCGCAUUAUUGAUGCUGUUUCUUUUUGGAGGAGCUGCAGCGACGGGGCUUAUCUGUGUAACCAAUACUCACUUUCAUGAAAUGAUGCCCCGGAUCAGGUGGCCACUUUAUUUCCUUCUUAAGAAAUCCAUCCAUUUGCUCCCCUCGAGUUUCUAAGAACUUCUUGGCCUGGCGAUCUGGAUUUGUUGUCAAUUAUUAAUGUGGAGAUGUUUUUUUUUUUUUUUUUUUUUUUUGAGAGGGGGGGGUGGAGGGUUGUAGCUCAUUACCUAAUAGCCCCAGUCCUCAUUUCCUGAAAGACGGACAGGUGUCACACGGCGGCUGCUCUCUCCUCAUUUGAAUGACACCCGGUGCUUCGGAGGGCAGGGAGCGCCUCUCGGAGAAAAGGGACGUCCUUCCAGAUGCUCGUCCUCGUCGGCCUCCUGUGCCUUUCUGUCGCCUCUCUCGCCGACUUCGCCCUCAUGUCGCCCGCCUCCUCCUGCGGAAGCCCCUUAGGAAGCCUCAGAAACGCCUCGCUGACCUUCGAGCGAGACCCGACGGAGGUCUCGCCCUCGGUGUGUCCCGUGAAGGAGGUCGCCGUGGAGACCUUCCGGCUGCACCACGAGGAGCUGCUGGUUUACACGGCCUGUGUGUGUAACUGCUGGUGUUUGUGUCUGUUUGUGUGCGUGUGUCUGGAAGGAAGAGUGUGUAGGCGAGGAGGAGGAGGCGGCGGCCGUGGAGGUGGUGGUGGUGGUGGCAUGCGUUUGGGCAGCAGCUGGAGGUGGCAGCUCUCCCGGGCGAUGCGACUCGCGCUGCGCUGGUGCCGGCUGUGUCGCCCGAGGAGGGGGGGCCGCGGCGGCGGCGGCGGCGGCGGCGGCGGGGCCGGCGGCGGCGGGCUGGUGGAGCUGUGGAGCUACGGCAAAGUGCUGCUGAAGUCGCUCUACUUCAACAGCCUCAGCAACUCGGACACGCUGGUGGACUGCGUGUUCGAGCCCGUCUACUGGAUCGUGGACAACGUCACCCGGUGGUUCGGAGUGGUCUUUGUGUGUCUGGUCGUCCUGCUCACCUGCUCGGUGCUCCUCAUCGUCUACCUGUGCCUGUUACCCAUAAUCCUCAGCAGCUACCCCGUGCACUGGAUCGUGUGGCACCUGUGCUGCGGCCACUGGCUUCUGCUCAUGGUGGUCUUCCAUUACUACAAGGCCAUCAGCACGUCGCCGGGACACCCGCCCAAGGACAGAGCCGACCUCCCGUCAGUCUCCAUCUGCAAGAAGUGCAUCGUUCCUAAACCGCCCAGGACGCACCACUGCAGCAUCUGCGACACGUGCAUUCUGAAGAUGGACCAUCACUGCCCCUGGUUGAAUAACUGCGUCGGGCAUUUCAACCACCGCUACUUCUUCUCCUUCUGCCUGUACAUGAUGCUCGGCUGCAUCUACUGCAGCAUCAGCAGCAGGGAAAUGUUCAUCGACGCCUACAACGCCAUAGAGCGCUACAGCCGUGUUGAGGCGGCUCUGUUAGGCCUGGGCGGAGAUCCAGCCGCAGCCGCAGGACCGGCGACGCUCAGCCGGAUUCAAACGCACAAUGAGACGGGACAGAGCUACUACCAGACGCCGCCGCCGCUCUACACCUUCAGAGAGAGGACGGCUCACAAGAGCAUCAUCUUCCUGUGGGUGCUGACCAGCUCGGUGGCGGUGGCUCUGGGCGGGCUGACGCUGUGGCACGCCGUGCUCAUCAGCAGAGGAGAGACCAGCGUGGAGCGCCACAUCAACCGCAAGGAGGCCCGACGCCUGCAGGAGAGCGGCAAGGUGUUCAGAAAUCCCUUCCACCAAGGCCGAAUGAACAACUGGAAGAUUCUGUUCGGUGUGGAGAAGAGGAGCCACUGGUUGACGCGGGUCCUCCUGCCGUCCAGCCACCCUCCCAGCGGGGACGGCAUCAUGUGGGACUGCACCUUCACCCGGAGGGACCUGGUGCCCAUCUGAACCCUUGAACCCCCCCCUUCAGCCCGAACCCUGAACCGAAUCACAAGACUCCUCUCACCGCACGGUCACACUGCAAGCAGCACGGUCAGAGUGCAGAAGUGACCGCUAACGUCUUUAUAUCAUUUCAUAAAAGGCCCAUUUAAUUUCCCUCUUGACCCUGAAUAUUAAGAUAUCCUGACCCUCUGAAUCCCAUGAGCUCCUGGGCUUUUAAUCUGAAAGAGUUUUGUCUAAAAAGAACAAGAUAUGUACAUGAUUAGCUGUUUAGGUGUUGCUUUUCACAAUGUUGAUCACAAAAAAAUCAGAUCUUAGCAGAACUUAACUGUUGCCGGGCAGAUUUAAUAUUCAUGGCAACGAAAUCACAUCAGUAGCUUUAGUGCUUUAGUUGCUUUAGUGUUUUGCACUCUGAUGUUAAACACAGUUGGUGCAAACUGUCUCUUAUAUUAAUAUAAUAAUUAAUAUAUUUAUUAGAAACAAGCUGCUGUUGUUGAUUCCAUAAAUAUAAAAUGCACUUCGUAUGCAGGAUAGGAGUUUAGAACAAAAACUUUCAUGAACUAGUUUUCUGUUGAAUCACCGUCUCAAUCAGUGAUAGAGGAUAUCAGAAUGGACUUUUUUUUUUUUUUUAAUAUAAAAGUGGAUUAUUGAUUUAAUUUCCAAAGGUGAUGCUGCUCAUAAAACCUGGACUGGAUCUAAAAAAAACUCCAGAACUGGGCAGGACUGGAGGAGAAACAGGAAAUCAGAUCCUUUCCGUCUAGAUUAAGAUAAAUCCAGGUUUCAAUCCAUGACCCAGAGAGUGAAUUAGAGUUAUUCCAGUUUGAAAGGGCAUUUUAAUCUGUGACUCGUCUUAAUCCCAGUGUGGGAUGACUGACCUGUUGCUUGCAGUGUGACCCCGUGGUGAAACCUCCAAAGGUUUCUGAGAGAGAAAAAACAAACUGACAGCUCCUUUAAUCUCCUUCCUCCUCUGCACCUCCUCCUCUUCCUCCUGAAGGAUGGAUAGACGGUGCGUAAACACCUGAGCGGACACCUGGCACCUUGACUCCGCCCCCUUCUCUUAUAGCAGCCCAGCUUUUCCCUCCUCGUCCCAGAAUCCCCUGCUGUCCGCUCCCUGGCAGGCUGCCUCGUCUCCGCCCGCUCGACUCAUCUCAUUCAUCCAGAUGCUGCUGGCCGGCGUCUCCUCCUCCGUCCUGCUGCUGUUUGUUUUUUUUUUUUUUAUUAGCCGGACGGAGAUUUUGCACAAAAACACCACAGAAACUUUUGACGAGAACACAGGACGCAAGAGACGAGAAGGAGGUGACCGCUAACGUCUUUAUAUCAUUUCAUAAAAGGCCCAUUUAAUUUCCCUCUUAACCCUGAAUAUUAACAUAUCCUAACCCUCCGAAUCCCAUGAGCUCCUGGGCUUUUAUUGUGAAAUGUUUUAUUUAACCCUAUCAAUAAAAUUCCCUUUUUUUUAAAAAAAGUAUUUAAAUAAAUCACUACUUUGGCUGGUGUGAUUUAAAGUGCAGAUUCUAAAAAUAUGAAACAAUAAUUUAAGACUUUAUAGUCUCUACUGACCAGAAAAACGAAAUAAUCUCCACAGGCCAGCAGUUUUUUUUUUAAAUAGUUUUGAAACAAAUAAAGUGAAAUUUGUUCAAAGUUACAUAAAACAUUUCCAAAUUAAAAGCCCGCCCGUGUGUUUUGGAGGGUUAAAAGUGAUGUUAAGUGUCACAUUUUUUAACAUCAGUUUAUCAUUGUUGUUGUCAAGCUUCAUGUAAUUAACUUCAGAUUAGACUGGAUUCUUCAUGUUGGUGCUCCUUCAGAUUAAGAGCACAUGUCCUGGUUUGUGUGCAGUUAUUAUGAAAUGGUCUCAUGUGGUUUUGGAUUGUUGAUGUUAAAACCUUUUCAUGACGACGUUAAAUUCUGAUUCAGAGGUUUAGAUAACUUCAUCCGUCAUGUAAUCCCAUAUAAUCCCAUUUCUUGUGCCGAGAUCUGACUGGUUCUCUCACUGGGAGGUGGACCAUGAAAUUAUUGAAAAAGUAGAUAUUUCCAGUGCAGUUUUUUUUUUCUUUUUUAUGUUUUUGUUUUACUGAGAAAUGCCUUUUUAAUUUGUGGAGGAAAACCAGUUUGCAGCCUUUGGGCUUUUUACUGAACUUAAGGAAUAUCAGCGUUUUGUUGCGACAAGGAGCCACGACCAGGCGUCUUUUUUGGGGACUUUUGGGUCUGAAAAAAAAGUUGGGAAUGUCUGAGCUGAAUCUCCUGGUGCCAAAGAGAGAACGAGCAGCAAGAGGCCGGACUCUGUGAGAGACGAACCCGGACGUCCUGAAUCACUUUGGACUUUUAAAUCGUAAAGUCUCGGCUUGACUCGGCCGGUGAGGUCGAGGCAAACGAACACGACAGCACAGAUCCUGGAGUCACGUCCCUGUGAGCUUCUCUGAUCGUGAAGCUGUGCCUUGUUUGGUUUUUCUGCCUUUGGACACGAGGCGCUUUAUCAGUCGGGUCAGAGCUUUGGUUUGGAUGGGAUGAGGUGAUUUGAUAAUUCCUGGUUUUUAAUUCCCUUUCAUUAAAUUCACAUCAGCAACUCACAGGCAGAUGAAUUGGUCCCCUAGUUGCCACAGAGACAGAUGACACCUGUGAUGUUUUUUUUUUUUUUUUUAAUUAAACCAAUGGGAGCUGUGCUCCAGCUGAUUUUACAUUUCUGGAUCUUAAUUGUUGUGUUUUUUGUUUUUUUGAUAAAACCAAGUGUGUUUGAUA